AGAGUCCCCAAGCUCAAAACUUAUUAGAAGCUUUCAAUCACUAUCAAUUCACUAAACUAAAUAUAUCCCUUCAAGAAGAAAAAAAAAAAAAAAAACUAGCAUUAUUUAGAGUUGAAGAUGACACUUGGGACUUUUGUUGGGAAGAUAGAAAGGGGUGUUUCACACUUUGUUCACAGAAGGCCUUCACUGAACUACUUGAGUGAAGCCACAACCACAAGUGUGGUGCCAGAUGAUGUUAGGGAAGGAUAUUUUGCUGUUCUUGCAACAAAGGGUGGAGAAUCCAAAAGGUUCGUUGUUGGCUUACAUUACUUGACUGAUCCUGGUUUCUUGGGACUGCUAGAUCAAGCUGAGGAAGAGUUUGGUUUCAGGCAAAAGGGAGCUCUUGCAAUCCCUUGUCAGCCACAAGAGUUACAGAAAAUUCUAGAUGGUUGCAGAAUGUAAGCAGAGAAGCAGCAAAGCUGCAGGGAUACUUUUGGAGGAUUCUACUUAAGUUGUUGAUGAUUCUUUGCAUUCUUUAGUCAAUUUAUUUGCUUUAACAAUUUCUUUGAUUUAAUGCACACUUGGAAGCAAAUUAUUUCUUUUGAAAAACUUACAAAAUAAA